CCUUUUAACCCUUCCCCCGAAGAAAAACCCUCUCUUGGCGGCCGCGGCCAAAAGACCCAAAUCUCUUCUCCUUCUCGUUUUAUCUCUUAAACCCUAGAUUCGAUCUGGGUUUUUCUGAUUUGGGUUAGGGUUUUUCUCCUCUCUAUUUUUUUUGGAUUCUCCUGUCCCUAUCCAUCUAUUGGUCGCGUCUCCUCUCCUAGAAGGAUCUAUCAAAUCUCCAUACCCGAGUCCGUUCGAAUGGCUACCGUCGCUCCUCCCGCUGAUCAAGCUACUGAUUUGCUGCAGAAACUAUCCCUGAAUCCACAACCAAAGUCUUUGGAUAUCCCCGAGCCGAUUAAGAAGACUGCUGUUUAUCAUUAUGGAGUUGUGGAUUCAAAUGGUCAACCUCCUUCCUUUGAUCGAUCUUUGACGCCAUUGCUCCCUAGCGAUGCUCUGGACCCUUCCGUCUGCUUUAUUCCGAAUGGCUAUCAGCCCUAUUAUUUUGGAGGAUAUGGGAAUGGUCUUGAGUGGAACGAGAGCACAGGUUACACAAAUCCCGAUGGCGUCGAUUUGAGUUCUGGAAUUUAUGGAGAGAAUGGAUCUCUUGUGUAUCCACAGGGAUAUGCGUAUGCAGCAUAUACAUAUUCCCCAGCAACGAGUCCGGCUCCAGCUGUCGGUAGUGAUGGGCAGUUGUAUGCUGCUGAGCUGUACCAGUACCCUUACUUUCCUCUCCCCACCAGCAGUGGACCUUUCACUUCCUCCGUUACUGCUCCUUCACAGGGAGAUAUCUCUAUGAACAGAGCUGCAGAUGAGAAGACACUCCCUGCAGGUGGUACCAAUGCUGCUGCUGCUGGUGCUUCAAAGAGUGGUACUGCAAAAGGAAAUAAUGGCUCAGCUCCGGUGAAACCACUGAACCAGGGUACUCUUAACCCUUCAGCUAAUUUGUAUGGAAACGAUGCUCAGGGAGGAGGUUUUGCUGCUGGUUAUCAGGAUCCAAGUUUUAGCUAUGAUGGGUUUUACACUCCCGUGUCAUGGCAUGAUGGCUCCAAGUUUUCAGAUGUGCAGAGGCCUGUGUCUGGAAGUGGAGUUGCAUCAUCUUUUUCUAAGGCUAACAAUGUACCUUCAUCAAGGAAUCAGAACUACCAGUCAAAUUCUCAUUACGCGGGUUUGCACCAGCCUGCGUCAAUGGCAGGAUUUGGUACAGCUCAGGGGUACUACAACGGGAUGUAUCAAAGCAAGCUAUAUAGUCAAUAUGGUAGCACUGUUAGAUCUGGUAUGGUUUAUGGUUCGGACGGGUAUGGUGCAAGAACAAAUGGAAGAUGGGUGACUGCAGACAACAAAUACAGAGGCUGGGGAAAGGGUAACAAUUACUUCUAUGGACGUGAGAAUAUAGAUGGGUUGAAUGAGCUCAACAGGGGACCUAGAGCAAAGGGUCCAAAGAACCAGAAAGGCACAUCAGAGACGGGCUCUGUUGUGAAGGGGCAGACCGGAACAUCAAACUUGUCUGGUGCUGGAGAGACAAACAAAACUUGUGUUGUUCCUGAAAGAGAACUGUACAACAGAGAAGAUUUCCGAGAGGAUUACACAGAUGCUAAAUUCUAUGUCAUCAAGUCAUACAGUGAAGAUGACAUUCACAAGAGCAUCAAAUAUAACGUUUGGGCUAGCACUCCAAAUGGCAACAAGAAGCUCGAUGCAGCAUAUCAGGAAUCUCAGCAGAAGGCUGGCGGCUGUCCAGUGUUUCUCUUUUUCUCGGUCAAUGCAAGUGGACAGUUUGUUGGACUUGCUGAAAUGAUAGGACCAGUUGAUUUCGACAAAAAUGUGGAGUACUGGCAGCAGGACAAGUGGACGGGCUCAUUUCCUCUGAAGUGGCAUAUUGUAAAGGAUGUGCCCAACAGUUUGUUGAAGCAUAUUACCCUUGAGAACAAUGAGAAUAAACCUGUUACGAACAGUAGGGACACACAAGAGGUAAAAUUGGAGCAGGGCUUGAAGAUAAUAAAGAUUUUCAAAGAGCAUAACAACAAGACAUGCAUUUUGGAUGAUUUUUCUUUCUACGAAGUUAGGCAAAAGACAAUUCAAGAGAAGAAAGCCAAGCAACAGCAGCAUCAGCAGACCCCCCAGAAGCAGGUCUGGGAAGGGAAAACUACCGAUGACAAGAAGGAACCUGCAACUUCUGAGUCUACUUCAGCUGUCCAAGGUGAUGGUGAUCGCAAGGUCGCUGAAAAUGGCUCAACUGCUAAAACUAGGGAUCCCUUGAACAUUGCUAAGCAAGUUGGGUCAUUGCCAAAUGGUUGCUAGCCUCUGCCUUACGGCUCUCGGCAGUCCUUUGGUCCUCGAGCAUAUAUCCUGGCAGAGUUAUCUUCCUUCAGAAGGCAAUAAUGGGAAAGAAGAAACAACAAGGAGCUGAUCAUAACUCUUUUACUCGAGAACCAGGCUGCCGGACGGUGUCUAUUGUGCUGUGCUGCGUGAGAAACGGACAGAAAUUUGAACAGAGGAGCUUGAGGAGAAUCUUGAAUUUGCUGUCUAGGAGGAAAGGGGAGGGUUAUUGGAAUCAAACCAUGGAAGAGCUGAAUAUCCCUUCUGGUUUUAGGAUCUGACCGCCCUUUAGAAGUUGUUUCCUUUAUGUUUCGUCUAUCUUUUACCCUUUUUUUUUCUUCUUAUUUCAUGCUAAAUCCGUCAGUUUUUUACAUUGUUUUCUGGUGUUUCUGCUGUUAACUGCCUUGUAAUCUGCGUUGAAGAUGGUGAAGGAGGGAGGGAAAGGCAGGGUGGGGAUGUCUAUUUGCUCGUAGUCUUUGUUAUGUUUCUCUCUUUGUUUCAGACAUAUGAUAUGACUGACCCUCUUGAGUUCUUGUCUCUGGUUUCAAUUUUCAGUUUUUAAUUAUA